AUGACGCCCUCCAUGCUGGCUACUGCUCUUCUUGGACUCUUUGCGUCUGUCUCCGUUGCAGGGAACAUAACAUCCUCGCCAUCAUGUUGUUCAAUGCUCUCGGGGCUCUUCCCUGACGCUGUCUACAGCAAACAUACCCAAUCGUGGAGCUUUGAGAAGGACAAUUUCUGGUCAUCCACCGCCGUUCUCGAUCCGGCCUGCGUCUUUGUCCCAGACUCUACAGAAAAGGUUGCCCGAACUGUCCGACUGUUUUCUCAAAACGAGUGCAAGUUUUCGAUCAAGGGCGGUGGCCAUUCAAGUAUUCCCGGAGCUGCGAAUAUCGAUGACGGCAUUAUGAUGGUUAUGUAUCGCAUGAAGGAUACGGAGAUAAACUUCAAGGAAGGCUACAUCCGUGUAGGAGCUGGUCUGCUGCUACAUGAAAUCUACGCUGUUCUUGACCCUUAUAAACUGUCAGCAGUUAUCGGGCGGUACGGUGAGAUCGGCCUGGGCCUCGCCGUUGGGGCUGGAAUUUCCUUCUUCUCCAACCGUGACGGCCUCGCUGUGGAUAAUGUCCGCAACUAUGAGGUAGUACUCGCCGAUGGAAAGGUGGUGAAUGCUAACAUUGACAAAAAGGAGAACGAAGACCUAUACUGGGCUCUCAAGGGGGGCAACAACAACUUUGGAGUUGUCACUCAUUUUGACCUUAACGUCAUAGAGACCAGGGGUUCUGUAUAUGGGGGCCUUAUUCAUUAUCCAGAGUCAUCCCUUGAUUAUGUGAAUGACCUGGUGUACGACUAUCAUACACGCCAGGCCGUGGACGGUCUCCUUACCCAUGCUAUGCCACAGUGGGUAUACAACGGCACCACCAACAAUACCUAUAAUCUCACUCCGGUUAUCUAUAACGACGAUGUGGACGAGCUGCCCUCAAUUCUCCAGCCGUGGCUCGAUGUGCCCCACGUAUCCACCACUCUCGAGAAGAGAACCUACUCGAAUCUGUCAAUACAUCUGAACGAAGGCUUUGGCGCCGGGCUGGUGCAAGAGCAGCGAGUGUUCACCGUCUAUGCAGAUAAGCAGUUCUACCGGGAGGUGCUCUUCAAAUUCCGGCAAUGGCUACAAGGCUAUCAAGACAUUCCGGGGUUCCUCGGUGCGCACCUGAAUAUGCCCAUUACUCCUCGGCAAGUCGACCAAGGAGUGCUGAAGGGCGGGAACGCACUGGGCUUGGAGGGUGCCGGAGAUAAUACCUUAGCAAGUGAGUAUAUCAAAGCCGUGCUCACCAUUGGACCAACCCCAGACUUGGGUGUUGGAUUGUCCAGCCUGCUUGCAUCCGUGGAUUAG